AUGGCAAAUCCUCCUCAUGGUGGAGAACUCAAAGAUCUCCUAGCACGCGACUUACCAAGACACGACAAGCUAGAAGCUGAGGCAGAGACAUUACCAGCUAUCGUCCUGACAGAGAGGCAGCUAUGCGAUCUUGAAUUGCUUCUUUCCGGAGGAUUUUCUCCACUGGAAGGCUUUAUGAACGAGAAGGACUACAAUGGCGUCGUUGAGAACAACCGAUUAGCCGAUGGCAACCUCUUCUCCAUGCCAAUCACACUUGAUGUGUCACAAGAGCAGAUUGAGGAAAUAGCAAUUAAGCCAGGAGCAAGAAUUACUCUUCGUGACUUUCGUGAUGACCGCAAUCUGGCCAUCAUCAAUAUUGAGGAUGUUUACCAACCAGACAAGAAGAUCGAAGCACAAAAGGUCUUUGGAGGUGAUGACGAACAUCCAGCAGUGAAGUACCUGUUCCAUACAGCUCGGGACUUCUAUGUUGGAGGAAAGCUUGACGCUAUCAAUCGCCUUGAGCAUUAUGACUAUGUUGCACUCAGAUACACUCCUGCAGAGCUCCGCCUUCACUUUGACAAACUCGGUUGGUCAAAGGUUGUCGCUUUCCAAACCCGAAAUCCCAUGCAUCGCGCCCACCGAGAGUUGACCGUUCGAGCUGCUCGUGCUCGCCAAGCCAAUGUUCUCAUCCAUCCAGUUGUCGGUCUUACAAAACCUGGAGAUAUCGAUCACUUCACUCGCGUCCGUGUCUACCAAGCACUCCUUCCAAGAUAUCCCAAUGGCAUGGCAGUCCUUGGUCUUCUCCCAUUAGCUAUGCGUAUGGGUGGUCCUCGCGAAGCAAUCUGGCACGCAAUCAUCCGAAAGAACUUUGGAGCGACUCACUUCAUUGUUGGUCGUGAUCACGCUGGCCCAGGAAAGAAUAGCAAGGGCGAGGAGUUCUAUGGUCCAUACGAUGCUCAAUAUGCCGUUGAGAAAUACAGAGACGAGCUUGGCAUCGAGGUCGUUCCCUUCCAGAUGAUGACUUACCUCCCAGACAGCGAUGAAUACCGACCAAAGGAUGAAGUUCCAGCCGGUGUCCGCACUCUCGAUAUCUCUGGCACAGAACUUCGAAGCCGUCUGCGAACUGGUCGGGAGAUUCCAGAAUGGUUCUCGUACCCCGAAGUUGUGAAAGUUCUGCGAGAGUCCCACCCACCUCGAUCAGAUCAAGGUUUCACAGUCUUCUUGACAGGAUACCAGAACAGUGGAAAGGACGCUGUGGCUCGUGCUCUCCAUGUCACACUCAACCAACAAGGUGGACGUUCAGUGUCUCUUCUCCUCGGUGAGACUGUUCGUGCUGAGCUUUCUUCCGAACUUGGCUUCAGCCGAGCCGACCGAACUCGCAACAUUGGUAGAAUUGCCUUUGUUGCAUCUGAGCUCACUCGCGCCCGCGCAGCUGUCAUUGCUGCUCCCAUUGCACCAUAUGAGGAUGCCAGACACCACGCUAGGGAAUUGGUUGAGAAGUAUGGAGAUUUCUAUCUCGUCCACGUCGCCACCUCGCUUGAGCACGCCGAGAAGACCGAUAAGCGAGGCAUCUACAAGAAGGCCAGAAAUGGAGAGAUCAAGGGGUUCACUGGCGUUGAUGACCCAUAUGAGAUCCCAAAGAAAGCAGAUCUCACCGUUGAUCUCGAGACCACGACUGUUAGAAGCGCUGUUCACCAGAUCGUCCUGAUGUUGGAGAGCCAAGGUCUAUUGGAUCGUCUAUGA